CAGGGCCUCCAGCCGCCAGGGGGAGUGCGCGGCGUUCCUGCCUCUCUGGCUCGCUCGACCCGCGGAAGCUAGAUAUCCCAGAGUUCCCCGGGCCUACAGCCCUUCCGCCGCGGGAGCCAUUGAGGAGCAGCAGCCAUGGCUCUGCGCUACCCUAUGGCCGUGGGCCUCAACAAGGGCCACAAGGUAACCAAGAACGUGAGCAAGCCGAGGCACAGCCGCCGCCGCGGGCGCCUCACCAAACACACCAAGUUCGUGCGGGACAUGAUCCGAGAGGUGUGUGGCUUUGCCCCCUACGAGCGGCGAGCCAUGGAGCUGCUCAAAGUCUCCAAGGACAAGCGCGCGCUCAAGUUCAUCAAGAAAAGGGUGGGGACACACAUCCGCGCCAAGAGGAAGAGAGAGGAGCUGAGCAACGUCCUGGCGGCCAUGCGGAAAGCGGCAGCCAAGAAGGACUGAGCCCCUCCCCUCUGUACGUAAUAAAGCCUUUUUGGAACUUG